AUGGACAUUGACCAUCUUGAACUGUGGCUGUUCAAUGGCCAUGUAGCUAGGAUGCUGAUCUUCUAUUUAUUGAAGCUACCUUUUAUUACUAGCAAAGAUGCUGCACGUCCCUCACCUGUUUUAUGUUUUCACCAGGUCUGUGAUUUUGGUCUUUCUCGUUUAAAAGCGAACACAUUUCUCUCAUCAAAGUCGGCUGCUGGGACUCCGGAAUGGAUGGCACCUGAAGUUCUUCGUGAUGAACCAUCAAAUGAGAAAUCUGAUGUAUAUAGCUUUGGUGUCAUUUUGUGGGAGCUCGCAACGUUGCAACAACCCUGGAGUAAUUUGAACCCAGCACAGGUUGUAGCAGCUGUCGGCUUUAAGGGGAAAAGACUCGAAAUUCCGCGUGACUUGAAUCCUCAAGUGGCAAGCAUUAUUGAGGCUUGCUGGGCCAAAGAACCAUGGAAACGUCCCUCCUUUUCUGUAAUCAUGGAUAUGCUGAGACCACUAAUUAAACCUCCUGUAACACCUCCUCAACCAGGUCGUACAGACAUGCAGUUGCUUACGUGAAUGCGUGUAUUAAAUGUAUGAAUUCUGCACAUAUUUGACAUUCUUUGUUAAUCACCUUUCUGGGAGGAACAAUGCUUCAGUUACUUCAGGCGUCUGUUCUGUACAUAUUCGUUCAGAAUGUCUUUGUAGAGCCCGUAAUUUUUUCACAAAUUCAAGCAGCCAUUUCUCUGAGAAUACCAUUUGCAAUUGGCUUGUACACUUCCUCCUGGAAUAUUUGUUUAGCCAUGUGAUUUUGUUAAAGCCAGCAAUAACAGUUCUUUAAUUUUCUGUCCAGAAAUGAUUUUGUAUGUAUAAGAAUUAUAACGGGAAUUUGUAUUAUAGGAAAGCACACUUUGAUUUACUUA